AUGGCUAAACAGAUCAGUCAGCAAACAUUUGACGAUGUUGUCAGAGAAAAUAUGUCGGAAUUUGACAUGGAUGCUAGUGAAGCAGUACAGGAUGCUAUACAGCAGUUUGAAUCUCAGGGUGUAAAUCUAAAUUGUAUAGUCAAGGAGCCAUCUUUGUAUUCAACAAAUGAGGAUGGACAAGUCCUAGACCAUCCUGUGACAUCAGCAUUGAAGAAAUUGUCUGUGACUUUGGACAAUUCUGACAUCAAUAACACACAAGUUGUUGAGGCUCUGAAGUCUAUUCAAACAGAGUGUGACUCUGACUUUGCUCGCCGUUGCCUGGCAGGGUCUAGCAAUGCAUAUCCAAUUUUGUAUAAAGCUUUGUUACAUUAUAGAGAUGAUCCUGAACAUCUAAAAGCUGUGUUAAAGACAUUCUGCUCACUUGUCAACGGCCAGCCAGAUUUGAUAGACGACAAAGGCAUCGAACUUCUUAUAUGCUUAUUUAAAAACUACCAGGAUGUGUCUGAUGUUUUGAAACUGAUUAUUCGAGCUAUUAGAUUAAAUUGUCUGAAGCAUGAAAAGAAUCGGCAGGAAUUUAUUCAGAUGAAUUUGAUUCCUAUGCUCACUGAUUUACUGACUGUACAAAAAUCAAAUCCAACGAUCAUUAAAGAGAGCUGUAUCUGCUUGAGGUCACUAACUCUAGAUGAUGAUGUCCGUGUGCUUUUUGGAAAAGGUUCUGAGAAUGCUAAGUCAAUGGUGAGCGAAGGAGAUGCAUUGAGAGCUGUUCUACAGUUGUGUGAAGAAUACAAAAAGGACACGUCAGUACUGGCAGAGCUGUUCCUCACAUUAAGUUGCCUGGCCAUCAGGGAUGAGUUUUGUCAUGAGGUGAUGGACAGAGGAGGCGUCACUCUCAUCCUGAAUGCUUGCCGAAAUGCAAUUGAAGACAAGAAUAUUGUGCGUCAAGCCAUGAUUGUCCUGAAAACACUAGCUGGGAAUGAUGAGGUUAAGCAUGAAAUAGCCAAGCUUGGAGGCAUCGAGCUGAUAGUGGCUGUUUUAGACAAGUAUCAGAACAACGCUCUGGUAGCAGAAGCAGCCUGUAAAGUCCUGACCACCAUCACACUCCGAAAUGAGGACAACUGCCGCAAAGUUGUUCAGUGCCAGGGACAUGAGUACAUAGUUCAAGUCAUGAAACUUCAUCCAAAAGAAAUUGGUGUUCAGAAGAAUGCUUGCAUGGCCCUAAGAAAUCUGGUAUCCAGAACCAAAGAGUUGACUGAAUCUAUUCUACCUCUGGGAGUGGAGAGCUUGCUCAAUGAAAUAAUCAACCAUCACAAGGAAAUUGAGGAUGAAGCCAAGGCGGCACUCAGGGAUUUAGGUUGUAAAGUGGAGUUACGAGAAUUGUGGAAAGGUGAAAAGGGAGUUAUUCAGUAA